UGAAAAAACACACGAAGAAGUCAUCUUAUCGCGACGCGCGACGCGUACCAGAAUAUAAACACUGCAUACAGUUCAUAGUCAUUAUCCAAAGUUUAUAACAACAAAAAGGACGUAGUUGGGGUCUAACUACAGAGUGUCAAAAUGGGGAAACGCCAACAUCAGAAAGAUAAAAUGUAUAUAACCUCUUCGGAGUACACAAAUUUCUAUGGAGGAAAGCGCGCAGAAAUUCCCCAGGCGGAUUUUAGACGACUUCCAUUCGACCACUGCAGCUUGUCCCUCCAACCAUUUGAGUAUCCAGUUUGUACCGAGGAAGGAGUGGUCUUUGACCUACUGAGCAUUAUCCCUUGGAUUAAGAGGUACGGCACCAACCCCAUCUCAGGAGAGAAGCUGGAAGUAAAGUCCCUCAUCAAACUAACCUUCGCAAAGAACGCUGAUGGGAAGUACCAUUGUCCAGUGCUGUUCAAUAUCUUCACCAACAACUCUCACAUUGUUACCAACAAGGUCACCGGCAAUGUGUUCUCCAAUGAGGCGGUGGAACAGCUCAACAUCAAGACCAAGAGCUACAGAGAUCUCCUCACUGACGAGCCCUUCACCAGAAAAGACCUGAUCACGUUACAGGAUCCCACCCAUUUGGAUAAAUUCAACGUGUCCGACUUCUUCCAUGUGAAGAAUAACCUCAAGGUGUUGGACCCGGAUGAGGAGAAGGCCAAGCUGGACCCAGGCUACCACCUGAACAGCACCAACCUGGAGACCCGGGAGACUCUGGCCGAGCUAUACAGGGACUACAAGGGGGACACGCUGCUGGCCGCCACCAUGAAGGAGCCCACCGUCAAGAAGACAGACAAGCUCAACGCGGCUCACUACUCCACAGGCAGAGUGUCGGCCUCCUUCACCUCCACAGCCAUGGCACCUGCCACCGUACACGAAGCAGACGCCAUCGCAGACGACACCGUGCGCUACAAGUACGUGAAGAAGAAGGGCUACGUUCGCCUCCACACCAACAAAGGGGACAUCAAUCUGGAGCUGUACUGUGACAAGGUUCCAAAAGCUGGGGAGAACUUCACCCGUCUGUGUAAAAAAGGCUACUACGACGGGACCGUUUUCCACAGGUCGAUCAGGAACUUCAUGAUUCAAGGAGGGGAUCCCACAGGAACCGGCACAGGAGGGGAGUCCUUCUGGGGGAAGCCCUUCAAGGAUGAGUUCCGCCCCAACCUGUCCCACACUGGCAGGGGUGUGCUGAGCAUGGCCAACUCCGGCCCCAACACCAACAAAUCCCAGUUCUUCAUCACGUUCCGCUCCUGCCCCUACCUGGACAGGAAGCACACCAUAUUUGGAAGGGUGGUGGGAGGAUUUGAGGCACUCACGGCCAUGGAGAACGUGGAGGCCGACCCAAAGAGCGACAAGCCUAAGUCUGAGAUUAAACUGCUGACCGCCAGCGUGUUUGUGGACCCUUACGAGGAGGCGGACGCACAGAUCGCGGCCGAGCGUCAGCAGGAGAUCCAGAAGCAGGAGGACGAGAGGCAGGAGACCAGCGGUGCCCAGAGGAAGGCCAAAGAGGACCAGGCGCCCAAGACCUUCAAACAGGGCAUCGGGAAGUACAUCAACCCUGCCCCCGCCAAGCGGCCAGCCGCCACAGACGACAGCGGCCCUUCCACCAGCGGCUCUACGGCUAAGAAGUCAAAGGGGAAAACCAACUUUGGCAACUUCAGCGGCUGGUAGCCCACACAACGGCUCAUGUCU